UGGAGAGCAACCCUACUCAGGUGAACUAUCCAUAGACAACCAUGCACUAAAGAUAACAGGCCUAUAGCUGGGCAGUGAAUGGAAUCCUAACAUUCUCGUACUUCUGAAAACAAUCGCUGUAAUAUUGGAAACUCCUACAUGAUGGUGUAAAGGGAAUUCUAAUUGCCCAUUUUGUAAGGUGUAUCGCUGUAAUUAGAAUCUCAACUACAAACUGUGCGAUAUUCUGCGGGGUAUAGACAGAGCUCAAAAUUGACAAAUCAUUAUUAAAAUGUUUUGAAUGUACUGGAGAAAAAAUCACAAGAUUUAUUGAAGUGUUUUAUUGUAUUCGCUUGUGUUUGUGAGUUAUUUACUUUGAACAAAAUAAAUUAUGGUUGGAACUGAUUUCAAUUUCAAUGGUACUACGUUUCGAAUUGUUUGAGAUUGGAAUCUGACCUCCGAAAGCUGAAAGAGACAUUGCUGCAUAUGCACAGGUGUUCAACUUACCAAAGACCACGCGAAGGAGGGGGUGCAAGAUGUACACCAACUAUGUCAGCGAUCAUAACAAACAGAAAGAACGGUGUCAUGAUGAUAGGCAAUGUGAAAGAGACGGACAAGGCUCUAAAUGCUCACGUAAUGAAUGUCCGUUCGCGGAACAACAUGCACCGAACAAGAAGGAGGGCAGUCGUUGUCCUAUCAUGUUAAUGAUGUCAGAAAGAAUAGAGACAACACCAAAACAAUUGACUUCAAUUGGAACGGCAAGUGAAAAAAACUCCGCUGACACACCGGAGGGAUCAAAUUUAAUUUUGUCAACAAACAAUUCAAACCCGGAUGUCUCAAAUGCAACAAUUUCAGAUGUUACACCGAAUAAACUCAAAACAAAUACCUCACGAAAACAAUCAAACUCACUUGACACUGCCACAAUGGCGGCAACACAAACAAAAAGUGCCACAGACGAUCCGUCCACUGGAUGUAGCAAAUGCGAGUGUUGUGAGCGAAAGAGUCGUUCCCCGGUCCGAUCAGUCAGUGGUCAACACAUUAGCCACGAAGCCGGUAACACCUCCACUUCCAGAAGGAAAACCAGUAGUAUCUCUAUGGUAUCUUCCUCCACCGGUUCCGAUGAGGUUGAGGGGGAGAGGAAGAUCGACCUCCGUGGCCUUAUCGAGAGUAUCGGCACACUUCUCAUCCCCGUGACUGGUUUCAUGUACAAGGCGCUUUACAAUAUCCUGAUGUAUGCAGAUCCGUCCAAUUUCCAGCAGUUCCUCCUGCGCUGCACGUCAGCGACAGAGUUUGAAGACCGGAUCGACCAUCCAGACCGGAAGUACCAGCCCCUUGAUGAGGUUAUUAUGCUCGACCUCAUACAUCACGCCGCUACAAUACUCGACGAAUCACAAUACGUUUUUCAACGUCGCCUUGGGGACGAGUAUUUCCGGUUGUGCCUUGAGGAGUAUGGUAGUUGUAUCCGGAUGAUGGGUAGCAACAUGACCGAGUUCCUCAGUAACCUUGACGGUCUCCAGACUUAUAUAUCAUCGUCCGAAAGGUUCCAGUCACAAGUGCCCCCUUCGUCGAGGUGUGAAACUCAACAAAACAAACUUAUUCUGCACUUCUAUACAGCUAGAAGAAACAUCAUUGAGUACUAUGCAGGAAUUGUGUUAGGUAUUUCCAGACACUUGUUCACAAAGCAGGCAACGAUAUCAGUAUCUUGUAGCAACACCCCAGGGUCCUUGCAUCACACCUUCACCGUAUAUGCAGCAGUGGAUGAUUGCGCUAACACGAGUUGUAAAAUCUGUUCACCGGAGGUACAAAUCAAUAGCAAGCCGUCCGAAAGUAAAAUUGGCACCGUGACAUUUAGCAAAACCUUCCCUUUUCACUUUGUCGUAAACAAAAACCUUGAUAUUAUCCAAAUUGGUGAAGCAAUGGCAAAGCACGUGAAGCUGUCAAAUGACUCUGAAAGCAGGGAACUGACAAAGCACUUCGAAGUGACUCGGCCCAAGAUCGAGCCCUUUACCUACUCAGCAUUACUCUCACAUGUGAAUUUCAUGUUUAACCUAAGAACAAAGCACUGUGAUCGGAAUGGCAUUCCGCAGACGAUGGAUUUUAAGGGACAAAUGAUCCACCUACCAGAAAUAGACGGAAUUUUGUUUCUUGGUACACCAAGCGUAGAAAAGCUGGAUGAAUUGAUAGAAAAGGGCCUUUAUAUUUCUGACCUGCCAAUUCAUGAUGCGACGCGUGACGUCAUCUUGGUUGGAGAGCAGACGAAAGCACAAGAUGGUUUGCGAAGGCGAAUGGAAGAGAUCAAGCAAAACAUCAUCGAGGCGACCAAGGCUGUGGAAGAGGAAAAGAGGAAAAACGUGGAACUACUGCAAAUGGUCUUCCCCUCCAAAGUAGCGCAGAAACUAUGGAGAAACGAAAAGGUGGAACCGCAAUGUAUUGAUGACGUAACAAUGUUGUUUUCUGACAUUGUUGGUUUUACCUCAAUUUGCUCCUCGUGCACACCUCUUGACGUCAUCAACAUGUUAAACUCGUUGUACACUAACUUUGACAAUUGCUGUGGGGAACUGGAAGUCUACAAGGUGGAGACUAUCGGGGAUGCGUAUUGCGUAGCGGGCGGCCUUCAUCGUCCUUCCCGCUACCACGCCAACCAGAUCGCCUGGAUGGCUCUCAAGAUGAUGGGUUUUGCCUCGAUGCAGAAGUCACAUGACGGGAAAGUCAUACAGAUGCGGAUAGGUAUCCAUACAGGGACGAUUUUGGCUGGCGUGGUUGGGGUGACAAUGCCCCGAUAUUGCCUCUUUGGUAAUCACGUGACCGUUGCAAACAAACUUGAGUCCGGGAGCGAGCCAACCAAGAUUAACAUCAGUCCGACAUCGUACAAGCUGCUUCUAGACGGUUUCCGGACGACACUUAGAUCACGUGACCACCUUCCCCAGGGGUUUCCGGCCGAUAUAGAUGGCACAUGUCGCUUCCUUGAUUCCUACACGUUCCCCCUGGCAAACAAGGAUUUGGAAAUGUCUCAGUUCGAACACAUUGAUGCAGCGGUGGAACAUUAUAAAAUAAAUGAAAGCGGUCCCAGUUCGAACACAUUGAUGCAGCCGUGGAACAUUACAAAAUAAAUGAAAGCGGUCCCAGUUCGAACACAUUGAUGGAGCCGUGGAACAUUACAAAAUAAAUGAAAGCGGUCCCAGUUCGUACACAUUGAUGCAGCCGUGGAACAUUACAAAAUAAAUAAAAGCGACCAUUUAAAGCAUUAAGAACAAAACACCGUAAGCUUGAUGAAAGAUGUUGCUCAUAUGCACAUAUUGAAUGCUUGAACUUGCGACUGACAACAGAUACACAAUGAAACAUUCUGAUCAAUACGAGUAUCACAUUUUCUGUGAUUUAUUCAAACUCGACGCAUGUCUGGCCUGUACUUGUCCAAAUCUAGGAUAUGUGUGACGUAUUGAGUAUCAGGUGGCUCAAAAGUGUAGUAUCAACAGCAGAAAAAGCAAAAUGUAUCUACAGAGGUAAAUGUAUAGCUACAACUGUAUUUUAUAGAUAUGGCUACAGCUGUAUUUUAUAGCUGCAUCUGUAUUUUAUACCUACAGUUGUAUUUUGUAGCUACAGCUGAAUUUUUAGCUACACAUGUAUUUUAUAGUUGUUACAGCUGUAGUUUAUGGCUACAGCUGUCUUUUAGAGCUACAAUUGUAUUUUAAAGUACAUCAACAUCUGUAUAUUUAUAGCUGUCGCUGUAAUUUACAGCUGUACCUAUCAAAACAAUAACAUUCAACUCCAGUAAUACAUUACAGCAGUAGCAAUAUUUAAAUAUUAUAACUAUAAAAUACAACAGUAUUUUGUAAAUUAAUGUAUACAGCUAUAGCUGUAUUUUGGGCGCCAAAAGUAUAGCUACUGCAGUAUUUCAUUAUAACAGCUGUAAAUUACAAAUCUGGCUAUAAAGAUACGGAUGUAGCUAUACUGAUGUCACAUUGUUUUAAAGCCGUUUGGUUAGCCAUAGAUAUAUGUAUAUUUUCUUCUUUCUGUGAUGGACUGUUUAAUCCUUUCUCAGGUUCGUCGACAACAAAGUUGUUUAGUUACCAAUGAAGUGAAUUAGUUUUUAAAUAUUGUGUGUAAAAAAAUUAAAAAUAUAUAUAUUCCGUUUGUUAAAAAUUCUGAUUUAUUGUUCCUUUGAGCAAUAUUCUGAAAUACAUAAGUAUUUUGAAAAGGUCAUUAAUUAUGCACAACAAGUCAACCGUUAAGAACAAUUCAUUUUUAGACAUUGACCAGUUUGUAUCAACAUAAUA